AUGAAGGUGACGGUUGCUGCUGCUGUGGCAGUCCUCUCCGGGCUUGCCGGGGCCCAGAUGCCUGUUCCGAACCCCGGCCCGGCUCCAUGGCGCCCGCCCACGCAUGACUUCCCCGCUCCCCCGGCUCCCUGGAGCCCGCCCAAGCACGACUUCCCCGCUCCUCCGGUCGACACACCCCCGGUUGUCGUCCUUCCUCCGAAGCCGGUCACGACCACCAAGACCGACAUCAUCGUCAACCCCAUCACCAAGACCAGGACUGAGGUCAUCACGAGGGGCCACUUUACCAUCACCCGCAAGGUGACAGAGCCCUGCACCACUUCCACCACCCGCCGCCGGACCACCACCCCGUGCACCACGUCUAAGCCGAAGACGACUCCUUGCACUACGUCGAAGAAGCCCACUACGACGCCCUGCACCACAUCGAAGAAGCCUACUACGACGCCCUGCACCACAUCGAAGAAGCCUACUACGACGCCCUGCACCACAUCGAAGAAGCCUACUACGACGCCCUGCACCACAUCGAAGAAGCCUACUACGACGCCCUGCACCACAUCGAAGAAGCCCACGACGACGCCCUGCACCACUUCCAAGAAGCCCACGACAACGCCCUGCACCACGUUAAAGCCUAAGACUACUCCGUGCACUACCCUCAAGCGCUCCACAACGCCCUGCACCACGUCGAGGCCCAAGACUACUCCAUGCACCACUUCCAAGCCAAAGACAACUCCUUGCACUACGUCCAAGCCUAAGACUACCACUCCUUGCACUACGUCUAAGCCCAAGACUACCACUCCAUGCACUACUUCCAAGCUGAAGACGACUCCCUGCACCACGUCUAAGCACAAGACCACUACUCCUUACACUACAUCUAAGCCCAAGACUACCCCGUGUACCACUUCCAAGCAUAAGACGACGACUCCCUGCACCACCUCCAAGCACAAGACUACGUCGAUGAAGCCCAAGACCAACCCUUGCCCCUCUUCGUCCGAGAAGGUUAUCCACUACACGAAGAUCACCUCGACCAUCCCCGCGAACGGCACCAAGCCCUGCACCACGGUGACCUACUACAGCAACAUCUCACCACCGCCCGUCACCACGUCCGCCAAGAAGCACCACUCCACCACUCCGGUCGUCGUCCUGCCGCCCCCGGUUGUCAUCGUCUCUUCGCAGCAGGGCACUCCCGCUCCCCCGGCGCCGACCACCAGCCCCAGCAAGCAGAAGUACACCAACACUACGGCCCCGGUCAGCCCGCCUACCGCCCCGGCUCAACCUCCCGCGCAACCCCCGGCUCAACCUCCCUCGCAGCCGCCCGCUCAGCCUCCCGCUCAACCCCCGGCUCAACCUCCCUCGCAGCCGCCCGCUCAACCUCCUUCUCAGCCUCCCGCUCAACCUCCUUCUCAGCCUCCCGCUCAACCUCCUUCUCAGCCUCCCGCUCAGCCGCCUGCCCAACCGCCUGCCCAGCCUCCCUCGCAGUCGCAGCCUCCCACGCAGCCUUCUCAUCCGCCCGCGCAGCCUCCUGCUCAACCCCCGGCUCAGCCGCCUGCUCAACCUCCUGCUCAACCUCCUGCUCAGCCUCCUGCUCAACCUCCUGCUCAACCUCCCGCCCAGCCCCCGGCCCAGCCCCCGGCCCAGCCCAGCAAGGUCGCCACCGCAGGCAGCUCCAGCCUCCAGGCUCCUUUCACCCUGGCUGCCAUUAUCGCCAUGGCCUUCGCCUUCUUCUAA